UCCGACGUCCCAGUUCCGACUUCCGAGGUUCCGCAGCAUUUAUCCUUUGUUCCCUGUUCGUCAGCAGCCCAGAAGCGGGAGUGUUGAUAAAGCUGUAAGAGAGCUGCAGCAGCAGCAGUUGAUGAACUCUGGAAAGAAGUCCAGCAGCUUGAGGAACAUCUGGUCAAAGAAACUGGAGGGAAGCAGGAGCUCAAACAGCGGCAGGACGCAGCAGAGGAAGAGACACCAGAUGAUGGAUGAUGUUUUCCAGCCCAGAUUAGUGCUGCCAGCAGAUGUUAAAGAAGAGGCUCCUGAAGAACAGAGUCCUGAUGUGGAUCAGCAGGAGCCAGAGUCCCUCCAGAUAAAGGAGGAACAGGAGGAACUCUGGACCAGUCAGGAAGGAGAGCAGCUCACUGUGAAGGAGGAGACUGAUACCAGGUUUCCAUUAACUGCAGCUCCUAUCAAGAAUGUUAAAGAAGAGGCUCCUGAAGAACAGAGUCCUGAUAUGGACCAGCAGGAGCUGGAGCUCCUCCACAUAAAGGAGGAAAAUGAAAGAAUCUGGGCCAGCCAGGAUGGAGAACAACUGAAUGUGAAGAAGGAGACUGAUUAUACCAGGUUUCCAUUAACUGUUGUUAAUAUGAAGAGUGAAGAGGAUGAGGAGAAACCUCUGUUCUCUCAGCUUCAUCAACACGAAACAGAAGAUAGAGAUCUUCCAAGCAGCAGCUCAGGUGACCAGAUAAAAGCAGAAAUUAAAGUAGAGGACUGUGGGACAUCAGUAUGCAGAGGGAACCCAGAUCUAAAUACUCAUGGAGGCUCUUCCGACUAUUUAGAGACUAAAGACUGUGAAGAUGAUGAAGAGGAUGAUGAUGUGAAGCAUCAUAAAUCUGAGCUUAAAUGCUUAUCAGACUUUGAAACUGAAGACAGUGAGGAUGAUGGGAAGGAGAGCAGGACUCCAGGGUCAGACAGGAAAGCUGUCAACAAAUCUUUGAGCUGCUCUGAAUGUGGAGGAAAAUUUGCUACCAGACGCUCUCUUCAGAGUCACAUGACAUGUCAUCCAAGAUUGACGUUUUCACAUUGUUUCAGUAAUGAGACGUGUUUCAGAGAAAAUAAAAUUAUAGAUUCACUAACAAAAGUCCAGACAGGUAGUAAACAAUUUAACUUUCAUGACUGUGGUAAAAGUUUUAACUGGAAACCUGAUUUAAAAAGACAUACAGAAGUACACAUAGGAGAGAAACCCUUUAGUUGUGAUGCAUGUGGAAAAAGAUUUGCCCACAAGUCACGAUUAAGUGCACAUAUGAGAAUCCACACAGGAGACAAACCUUUUGGUUGUGAUGCAUGUGGAAAAAAGUUUUACCAGAAAUCAAAUUUAGAUAUGCACAUGCGAAUCCACACAGGAGAAAAACCCUUCAACUGUCAUAUGUGUGAAAAAAGAUUUAAACAGAAGUCAGCUUUAGACAUACACAUACGAAUCCACAGAGGAGACAAACCAUUUGCUUGUAAUGCAUGUGAAAAAAGAUUUGGUGAUAAGUCAACAUUAAAUAAACACAUGCGAAUCCACACUGGAGACAAACCAUUUGCUUGUGAUGCAUGUGAAAAAAGAUUUGGUUAUAAGUCAACAUUAAAUAAACACAUGCGAAUCCACACUGGAGACAAACCAUUUACUUGUGAUGCAUGUGGAAAAAGAUUUGCCUCCAAGUCACAAUUAAACAUACACGUGAGAAUUCACACCGCAGAUGAACCUUUUGGUUGUGAUACAUGUGGAAAAAGAUAUGCCGACAAAUCAGAAUUAAACAAACACAUGAGAAUUCACACAGGGGACAAACGUUUUUGUUGUGAUACAUGUGGAAAAAUGUUUUACCAGAAAUCAAACUUAGAUAUGCACAUGCGAAUCCACACAGGAGAAAAACCUUUUGGUUGUGAUGCAUGUGGGAAAAGGUUUUACCAGAAAACAAAUUUAGAUAUGCACAUGCGAAUACACACCGGAGAAAAACCCUUCAACUGUCAUGCGUGUGGAAGAAGAUUUAAACAGAAGUCAGCUUUAGACAUACACAUGCGAAUCCACAGAGGAGACAAACCCUUUGCUUGUAAUGCAUGUGAAAAAAGAUUUGGUGAUAAGUCAACAUUAAAUAAACACAUGCGAAUCCACACUGGAGACAAACCCUUUAGCUGUGAUGCAUGUGGAAAAAGAUUUAACACAAAAUCAUAUUUAACCAAACACAUGAGAAUCCAUACAGGAGACAAACUCUUUGUCUGUGAUUCAUGGAAGAUUUGCCUGGAAGUUAAAUCUUGACACACACAUGCAAAUCCACACAGGAGACAAAUCCUUUGCUUGUAAUACAUGUGGAAAAAGAUUUGCUUCUAAAUCAUAUUCAUGCAAACACAUGACAAAUCCACACAGAAACCCUUUGGUUGAGAUACUUAUAACUUUUUUUGCCUUCAAAACAUCUUUAAACAUAGAAGAAUCCGAACUGGGGAGAAACGCUUUGGAUGUGAUAAAUGUGGUAAAAGAUUAAGUGUAAUCUUUACUGACACACUAGAAUUUACAGAAAUGACUCUUUGCUGGUUAUGAUUGUGGACAAGAUUUUAGCAUAAUUUAAGACCCUUUUACAGAAUAUUGCGUAGGUCCAAGAAAAUGUAGCGGGAGUCAUGGUGGUUGUUUUUCCACGUCUGUUAUCAGUUCAGCUAGCUAAGUGUAGCAGAUUCAUGGAAGUCCCAGUUGCUUGUGCUGACAAGCAGCAGCUCACUCUUUUAGUUUGCCUGGGAGUGGAUAUUUACCAUGUAGAUAGUGGUGUGAAAAAGUGAUCGCCUCCUAAACCUAAUAACUGGUUUGGUUAACCCUCAACAGCAACAACUGCAAUAAAGCGUUUGUGAUAACAUGCAAUGAGUCUUUUAUUCCCCUGUGGAAAAAUUUUGGUCCACUCGUCUUUGCUGAAUUGUUGUAAUUCUGCCACAUUGGAGGGUUUUUGAGCAUGAACGAGCUUUUUCUCAGUUAAGAUUAUAAUACAUUUUUAAAAUGAAAAUGUAUGCCUAAGCAUGGGUUUUAAUCCAACCAGGAGCUGCCUCACCUUUUUUUUUUUUUUUGUCUUUGAGGCAACAGAACAUUGAACUCCACUUUGACAAGCUUCCUUAGAAACUGUUAAAGUUGCACCUCUACAUGGAGUUUGUAUUAAGCCUAGAAAAGUCACAAAUUGCAGGUGUGGCAAUUUCAAUUUUCCCAAUUAUUCGGACUGACUGACCUUCAUUUCUUAAAGUAAUGAUGGCCACUCAUUUUUCUUUACUUAGCUGCUUUUUUCUUGCCAUAAUACAAAUUCUAACAGUCUAUUCAGUAGGACUAUCAGCUGUG